AUGUUUCUCAGAUUUAGCCAUUUCAUUUCAUAUCUAAUUCGAGUUCAUAUCUAUCUAUCUAUCUAUCUAUCUAUCUAUCUAUCUAUCUAUCUAUAUAUAUAUAUAUAUAUUUCUGUCUGUUCAUAUCUAUCUCAGUCUGUUCAUAUCUAUCUAUCUAUCACCUUCUUUUUUAUUUCUUCAUCUAUCUAUCUAUCUAUCUAUCUAUCUAUCUAUCUGAAGCAAUCAUAUUCUAUUCAUGUCUCUCUAUCCUUUCGGAGACACGUUGUUAUCGCUCUCUUUUUAUUUUCCUUUGUUUUUCAGUCUCUGUAUGUCUUUAUUGCUUUUCCCCACUCUCUUUUAGUUUCUAUUUAUCUUUAUUUUUCUCUUCUUUUAGCCUCUAUUUGUCUUUUUUCUCUCUCUCUGUUUUAUCUCUAUUUGUCUUUUCUUUCUCUCUCUCUUUUAGUCUCUAUUUGUCUUGAUUUCUUUUUCUCCCUCUCUUUUAUUCUCUAUUUGUCUUUAUUUUUCUCUUCUUUUAGUCUCUAUUUGUCUUUUCUUUCUCUCUCUCUUUUAUCUCUAUUUGUCUUUAUUUUUCUCUCUCUUUUAAUCUUUAUUUGUCUUGAUUUCUUUUUCUCCCUCUCACUUAAUCUCUAUUUUUCUUUCUUUUUUUUCUCCCUCUCAUUUCUCUCUGUAUGUCUUUAUUUCUUUUUCGCCAUUUCUUUUAGCCUCUAUUUAUCUUUAUUUCUAUUUUUCUCCCUCUCCUUUAGUCUCUAUUUGUCUUCAUUUCUUUUUCGCCCUCUCUUUUAA